UUCCUUUAUGCGUUUCAUUUUGGCACGCCACUUCCUUGAACGUGUGACCAACCAAUAAAAUUUCAGCCUCCACCCGGCUCAUACAAAAGGGAACAGAGCACUUUGUACGUUCGAACGCCGCUCAAAAUUGAAGUUUUGGUAAGGAACACCGGGCCGAACAAGCGUGUCUGUGUGUCUUCAAGUUUCUCGGAUGGACUCGCUAAAUUUGUCCGAAUUAACCAUCACGCAAUGGGCCACCAUUGGUUUUGGUGCAUUGGUGAGCUGGCUCAUGCUCUCGUGGAUUUCGCAACCAAAAACGAAGCAGUUCAAGGUUGAGCCACCUGCUGCUGCUCAUCCAUCCUGGAAAGGCCCAGUUCUUGAAAACCCCUCUAUUCGCGACCCUCACAACCCGGGUGAGAUUGUGUGCUAUGACCCUGCCACUGGCUACCACAUGGGUAAUAUUCCCUCGCCUACGGUCAAGCAAGUCGGAGAGGCUUAUGAACGUGCCCGUAGUGCCCAACAAAAAUGGACAAAGACUACGUUUGAACAACGACGUGCUGUCUUGCGAAGCUUAUUGGAUUUUGUGCUCGAAAAUCAAGAAGAUAUUUGCCGCGUUGGAUGCAGAGACACUGGCAAGACGAUGGUGGAUGCCUCGCUUGGUGAAGUCAUUACGACCUGUGCCAAAUUACGCUGGACUAUUGACAACGGUGAAGCCGUUCUUUCGCCUGAAUACCGUGAUCCUGGAUUGAUGAUGAUGUACAAGCAUGCCAAAAUUGUGUAUCAACCCAUGGGAGUUGUUGCUGCUCUUGUCAGCUGGAACUAUCCGUUCCAUAAUGCAUUGGGUCCCGUGAUUUCUGCUUUGAUGUCUGGUAAUGCCAUCAUUGUCAAAGCAUCCGAAUAUGUUGCCUGGUCGACACAGUACUACCAGCGUAUUGUUCAGACCUGCUUGGCUGAGCACGGCCACGACCCCGAUCUCGUUCAAUUCAUUACUGGUUUCGCUGACGUCGGUGAGGCUAUAGUUCGAUCCGGUGUGAACCAUGUCACUUUCAUUGGCUCGCCUGGUGUUGGCAAGCUCGUGCAACGCAAUGCUGUCGACUCUCUGGUACCCUGUCUGCUCGAAUUGGGUGGCAAAGACUGUGCCAUUUUGCUCAAGGAUACGGAUCUCAACCAGGCUAUUCCAGUGCUGAUGCGCGGUGUUUUCCAGAACUGCGGUCAGAACUGUAUUGGUAUCGAACGUAUUAUCAUUGCUGCUGAAAUCUAUGACAAGGUCAUCGCAGAAAUGGAGAAGCGUAUCUCGGGACUUCGUCAGGGCUCUGUAUUGGCUGAUGGUGAAGGCGUCGACUGUGGUGCACAGACAAUGGGUACACAGUUUGAGAAACUGGAAGGACUUGUUCAAGAGGCUGUGUCGCGCGGUGCUCGUUUGUUGAAGGGUGGUAAGCGCUACCAACAUCCCAAGCAUCCUCAUGGCCAAUACUUUGAGCCGACAUUGCUUGUGGAUGUGACCCCGGAUAUGGAAAUUGCCAACGAAGAAGCCUUUGCACCCAUUAUGGUCAUCAUGAAGCAUAAUGGACCUGAGGAUGCUGUUCGUAUUGCCAAUGCUUGCCCUUACGGCUUGGGAUCGUCCGUGUUCUCUGCUGAUAAGACGCUUGCUGAACGUAUGUGCCUUCAACUCAAGACUGGUAUGACAAACGUGAACGAUUUUGCUGUCAACUACUUGUGCCAGAGCUUGCCAUUUGGCGGUGUUGGUAUCUCCGGAUAUGGCCGCUUUGCUGGUGUUGAAGGUCUCCGCGGCUUGUGUGUGCCCAAGGCCGUCACUGUAGAUCGCAUUCCUUUCGUCAAGACGCCCAUUCCUCCGAUCCUCGACUACCCCAUCGAUAGCUUGACCAAGAGCUUCACGUUCUUGCAAGGCUUGAUCAAUAUGAUGUAUGCACCAUACUAUCUGGCCAAGGUUAAGGCAGUGUUUGAUCUUGCCAAGGCAAACAUGUAAAAAAAGAAACUGUUGCUUUUCGCCAUUAUUUCCCCUCUAAACCUCUUCCCUACUACUUUACACGCGAAAAACACGUAAACAUCUUUUCCCCUACUCUUUCAAUGUUUCUCUCUUUCGUUGUAUCUAUUAUUCUACAAACUAAAAAACUUUAAAAAAAGUAAUUUAACACUUGACUGUAAUAAUCACGCUCUUGCG